CCACAGUUGCAAAAUACUAUGGGACGCACUGCCAUCGAGGGAGUUGUGAUGGAUAUAAAGGCAGACACGUCAAGUCAUUAAGUAGUCGCUCACUUUUGUUUAUAUUACGAAUGUACUGUUAUAUUUGUUAAUACCAGCAAAUCUGCGGUUUUUGUCAUCUUGAAAAAUAAUUUCGUAGCGAUAACCUCCCCUUUCUGCACGAAUGGCGUUGAGUUGGUUAGUUUGUAAGGUAGUUCCGGGAUCACUUGACGAAAAGAUUGUUUUUAAGUGAAGCUCCAUGAACAACCUGAAUAAUCCCCCUCGGUGGAAUAUCGAUCCAAAUUAUAGGGAAGGUGAUGGAGAUGGAAACAAAUGGAGUUAUGCUCUAUUGGUGCCAAUGCUGGGCUUGGCUGCUUUUCGUUGGAUCUGGUCAAGAGAAUCUCAAAAAGAAAUAACAAAAGCCAAAGAAGAAUUCAAGAAAGAUGUGGACUCCAUCCAGAAGGAUCUUGAAAUGAAAUACCGUGAAAACUUGAUAGAAAAUCGACGAACCGUUGCCCGUUUAGAGUUGGAAAUUGAAAAGCAACAACAGCGGGUUGAGAGUUAUAAAAGUGCCUUGAUCUCUCAAAGUCAUAAGUUGGUAGAAGAGCGGAAGCUCUUAGAGCUAGAAAAGCAACGCAUUCAAGAGGAGAAGCAAGCUAUGCUCCACUCGGGAGCAGCAGCAGUCUUGUACAGAAGUGCAAUAGAAAAGGAAGAAGGAUGGCAUAAGACAGCUACAGCUGUGCUUGAAGAAAUUGAAGACGCGCUGGUAGAUAGACAAAAUGUUCGUUGCAGCUUCAUUAUUCCAAAAGUGAAACGAUUAGAAAUUGAGAAGGACUUGUUAGUUAAGGCUGCAACAAAUCCUGUGGCUUUACAUUUGAAAAUGGAAGAUGGACUGAAGGACAUUUUUAAAAAUGAUAGUUACUGUGCCAAUGUCAUGAACACUGACAUUAGGCAAAAUGGUAAAUUGAUGUGGCUCUAUCUUAAAUACUGGGGCCUACAAAUUGAAAUACAGAAGUUUAAAAAUGUGCAAAAGUCUAUACUGGGUAAAUAGUUCAAUGAGGUUUUGCUUAAAGAAUAGUAAGGUUUCGAAAUUCAAACUACUGAUGUAUGUAUACUGGUGAGUGUGUGCUAAUAUCCUCAUGUUAAGUGGCUGAGCAACCUGUAUAUGGGAUUGUUUACAUAUUGCAUAUUAAUUUACCCUUCAAAAUUAUAAUAGUAAUUUGGUUGGGGUUCUUUCUGCCUAACUUUAAAAAAUAAUUUUGAAACUGCAAAAUGCAAAUAAACUCUCGUGAUUGUAAACGUGAA